GGCGGGAAGAGAGCGCGCGGCGAAGGGCUCGUGUAGGCGAACGCGCACGCACACGCGCGCCCGGCCGCCCCGGGACCAGGAGGGAGAGCGUUUCCAGGCGACGCGGACGUGGGGAGGGGGUCGCCACGUUCUCACAGGCGGCCUGGGUUACAUAAGCGAGCCGGGCGAGGAGGGCGCUCGGUUUGCGCGGGGACUCGGGCUGUGUCUGCCCCGCCCCCGCCCGGGUGGGGUUGUGGCCCUGCGGGACCGGCCUCCCACGCCGCGCGGGGGACACCGCCCCAGCCUUGCGCCCGCCUCCGCCAGUGGUAGCCGCGGCCGCGAGCGGCCGCCCCCAGACGCGCGUGGCUUUCGGCGAAGGCGGCGGCCGCGCUCCCGCCGCCCGGCCCCAGGCAGCGGAGCAUCCUCUCGCCUAGGCUUCUUCCGUCCCGGCCUACAGCUCCGCAGCCUCGCAGCUAUGAGUCCCGAACCGGUCCCGCCGCCGCCCCCGCCCCAGUGCCCCGGCUGCGACUGCGGGGAGCCGUUCGCCAAGCGCUUGGAGAAGGGCGACGAGGCCUUCCGCGCCGGCGAGUAUGAAAUAGCAGCGGAGCUCUUUCGCUCGAUGCUGGCCAGGCUGGCGCAGCCCGACCGCGGCCUGUGCCUGCGGCUGGGGGACGCGCUGGCUCGCGCGCGCCGUUUACCCGAGGCCCUGGGCGCGUUCCGCGGCGCCGCGCGGCUCGGGGCGCUGCGGCCCGAGGAGCUAGGGGAGCUGGUGGGCAGCCUCGCGUGCGCCCUGGGCCGGCGCGAUUGGCGGCUACAGGAUGGGAGGCCGGGCCGCGCCCCCGAGGAGCCGCGUGGGGAGCAGCCGGCCUCGGCGCCCGUCGCGCCCCGUGACCUGCUGGGCUGUCCGCGCUGCCAGCGGCUGCUCUACAAGCCGGUGACCCUACCGUGCGGGCUUACGGUGUGCAAGCGCUGCGUGGAGUCGGGGACGGCCCGGCCGCAGGCCCGGCGAGUCAACGUGGUGCUGAACGGCCUACUGGAGAAGUGCUUCCCGGCUGAGUGUCGCGUGCGCAAGCUGGCGGGCCAGGCGCGGACUCUGCAGCGACAGCAGCAGCCCGAGGCCGCGCUGCUCAGGAGCGACCAGGCUCUGGAUCUGGCUCCUAGAGAUAAUUCGUUAUUGCUGCUGCGAGCAGAGUUAUAUUUAACCAUGAAGAACUACGAGCAGGCUCUCCAGGAUGCCAAUGCAGUUUGUCAGAAUGAACCUCUCUUAACUAAGGGACAUCAUAUGAAGGCUCAGGCUCUUUCUGGAUUGGGAAGAAGUAAGGAAGCAUUAAAGGAGUUUCUCUACUGCCUUGCUUUAAAUCCUGAAUGUAACUCAGUGAAGAAAGAAGCACAGAAGGUAAUGUGUGAGGUAUUUUUUCCAGCUUCAGAAAACGCGCAUCAGAAUUUGACAUCUUCCAUCCAAAGCAGAAUAUUGAACAGCAGGCAAAAGGCUCAGUGUGCCAGCCACGUAAACUCCCAGCCUCUGGAAGAAGGCAGCAGUGCUGGGGGUUCUAAGAAUGCAUCUGAGAAAUCUGAUGUGUUUAGAAAUACCUAUUCUUCAGUUUUGUAUUUUAUACUGGGUCUGCACUUUGAAGAGGAUAAAAAAGUAUUAGAGAGCAUCCUUCCAGUAGCACCCAGCACCGGUUUAAAGAGACAAUUUCCAGAUGAUUUGGAGGACAUGCAUGAGCUGAAUGGCCCUGGGAAAGUACCCAAGAAAGAGGCAGAUUCCUCACCUCAAAUGAACAUGACCUCUAACGUAGGAGAAAGUCCAGAGCUCUCCAUAGAUGUAACUGACUUUGAGUGUGCCCUUUGCAUGAGGUUGCUCUUUGAGCCUGUUACUACACCAUGUGGACAUAUGUUUUGCCUGAAAUGCCUUGAGCGCUGCCUUGACCACGCCCCACACUGUCCACUGUGUAAAGAAAAACUCUCAGAAUUGUUGGCAAGCAGAAACUUUAAUAUAACUAUUCUGGCUGAAGAAUUAAUAUUUCAGUAUUUAUCUGAUGAACUCUCUGAUAGGAAGAGAAUUUAUGAUGAAGAAAUGACAGAACUAUCAAAUCUGACGAGAGAUGUCCCCAUCUUUGUGUGUGCCAUGGCCUUCCCCACCGUCCCGUGUCCACUUCAUGUCUUUGAGCCCCGUUAUCGGCUUAUGAUAAGAAGAUGCAUGGAAACUGGCACCAAACGGUUUGGCAUGUGUCUGUCUGCUGAGCACGCAGGAAUUUCGGAGUAUGGCUGCAUGCUGGAGAUUAAGGAUGUCAGAACAUUUCCUGAUGGGAGUUCGGUUGUGGAUGCCAUUGGGAUUAGUCGGUUCAGAGUUCUAAGCCACCGUCACAGAGAUGGCUAUAACACAGCUGACAUCGAGUAUCUCGAAGAUGAAAAGGUGGAAGGUCCAGCCUAUGAAGAACUUACCAGCCUUCAUGAUUCAGUUUAUCAACAGUCAGUUUCCUGGUUUACUUCACUUCAGGAUCACAUGAAAGAACAAAUUUUAAGCCAUUUUGGGUUAAUGCCAGACAGGGAAGCUGAGCCUCAGAGUAACCCUAGCGGUCCUGCGUGGUCCUGGUGGAUCCUGGCAGUGUUGCCACUGGAACGCAAGGCUCAGCUGGCUAUUCUUGGCAUGAUCUCCCUGAAAGAGCGUCUGCUUGCCAUUCGGCGCAUAUUAGUCAUCAUCACGCGUAAGAUGAACAGUCGGCAGGAGCUGGUUAAUAGCAGGGAGAGAAAUAAUUGAUUAUCUCUCUCUGUCAAGGUUUCUGGAAGCACUUGUACUUUUGUGUGGAGCCGCUAGGCAUAGAGAGUAGCGUCGCAUUCAUCAUGCUCUGUAAAAUGCUUGUUGAUAGGGUUACAAAAUGGAACACUUAACAAACAUUGACUCCUUCUCAAAUCUUAAAAGUCUGUGCCUCGUGGAACCUGACUCUGUGCAAGGUUAGCCUGAAGUUUGAAUGGACCCCAUGGUUGGAAAAGAACCUAAGAGAAUCUCUCUGAAGCAUUCGCUCAGGGUAUAGUUCGCCGACAGCAGGGAACACCACAGGUGGUUUUGCAAGAAAAAAGGACCCCCCCCCCGGUAUGGUGUCUUGCUGCACCAAAUGGAAACAGCAUGCUUUGGUGGCUAGACAGAAAGGGGGAAACCACAUUUUUAUCUGGAAGCAUAUUUCUCAGAGCACAGGCUAACUGAAAAUCCGCUUAGGCUUUGUGUG